UGUGUGACCGGAAACAACCUGUAUCCAGUGACUCACAGACGAGUUGUUCACACGCAAAAAAGUUAAAAUGUAAUGCGAUCUGAUAGUAGAAUUUCAUUCAAAAGAAAGCCGACGUUUGGAUUGUAUCACGGAUAAGUGUUCAUUUCACUCAUAAAACAAUCAUGAACAAGAAAAUGGAACUUCUAAAGUUUUUAUUCUACGAAGUUGUUAUUGUAACAACUGUUUAUUCUUGCCCCGAGCCAAAUGGUGGCCUGAAGACACCCAGUCCACCUGAAAUUACGGCUCAAUCGGAUUACGUUAUAGUGGGCGAGGUAACAGAAAUACUUCAACGGGACCCGUUACAUGUCAACGAGAAAAACGUCACAUACGGAGCAAUGGUAACCGUGCAUUGCACAUAUAAAGGAGGACCGCUUACCAGAAGAAUUACGAUCGGUGGUGCAGGAUUGGUGCCCGGUGAGUGUUUUUCAACUGAUCUUGAAAAGACAACCUACGUCAUGUUCCUGAGAUUGGUGGAUACGCUACAAAACCUCUACACACAGACCUACACAGCGGAGCCUCGGUCGAGGAUCGAACAGUACUUGGGCUUAUGCAAUCUUACCAUGCAGUACCCUAUACACGGUGGAAUGGUCAUCAAGGGGUCUGAAUGUCCACCUGUUGUCCCCGUUGGUGACUGUAACGCUGGAAACAAUCGGUCAUUUGGAAUGCGCGAGUCCGAGGAGGUAAUACACACAAACAACGGAGCCAUGCCGCUGCGUGUGCCACAGGCCGUACCGUCAGUUUUUGCCUUCUGUCUCCUGUUUUGCAUAUAAGCGACAGAAGUCCCCUUCGCACUUGAAUUUCGAUUUUAGUCGGCAUUUUCCUCGGUUGAUGAUGGAAAUGAAUGAAAAUUGAACAAUUAUCGUUUGUUGUCCACGCACAAGUACAUAUGCAUAAAUAUGUUUUCGUGUGUUUGUUUUUGAAAUAUAUCGAACUCUGCUUGAUAGUCGAAAUAAAUGGAAAUAUCGUA